GAUUAAAUAAAAGAGAAAGAUGGUGAAUUAUUAAUAAGAAAUAAUGAUGACUGAUAUAUUUGUAUAUUGCUAGAGUGUUCUAUGGAAAAAUCUUCUAAUCUAUUGAUUGAGAUUAUUGUUGCUUAUCUUCGGAAUAGUAGUAGUACUUAAUAUUUUUUGUAACAUAAAAAUAGAAUAUAAAAAACAAUAAGUCUUAUAUAGAUUGCCAAUAUAUAUUUGACACUUAACAAAAAAAUACACUAGGCCAAUGCGUUUCAUCGUAUGUACCUAAAGAGUUGGAGGCUAGCAAAAUAGCCUUUGAAUAAUGCACCUAUCUGACGUCAUACGAGAAUUGAACUCAAUAUAUUAUUAUCAUGUAUUGUUUUUACUCCAAAAAGGAAAUUGUAUCAAAUUUGUUUUGAAAAUAUAUCUGACGGAGUAGUUAGAUUUAAUUAGACAGACACCCUGAUCUUUUCUAGACGCAAUUAUUGAUUAUUAAAUUGUUGAAGUAGAUACUACACACUGUAGCUAAUGUAAUAAAUUAUGAUAAAACAGUUUUAUUUAUGAACAUAAUUAUUUCUUUAAAAAAUAAUAUAUUCCUUCUUUAUCACCACCUAUUUUAUUUUAUUUGUGCCAUUGUACCUUAUUACUGAUAAUUAAAUGCUUCUCAUAGGACAUUAAUACAAUCAAACCGAUUCUGAAUAAAAAUGUUUUGUUCUGAAUCCUUAUAAUUGACACAGCCAGCAAAAGAAACAGACCUGUUUCAAAUUCCAAGCAAAGAUAUUACUUUCAUAAAAAAUGUAUACUUGUGGACUUUUAGCAGCAUUAUUUUGUUUAAAUCAGAGUUUUGCUUUCGAUCUGCCCAGAGAUUUGUGUAGUUCAGAGUUGAAAAUUAGUAAUAAUCAUUAUAAUGUGAGUGAUAUUUACGACGUCGGUGACGCCUACCCUACCCAUGCUCACUACGACGUCUACGGCAACUUGUUCUAUGUGGAGUCGGGACGUAAUGAGAAAGGUUUUUAUUUUAAUGCCAACGUUAUCAAGUUUAAAACAACCACGCCCACGAAAAUACCAGGUCUACCUGCGGACAUCACUUAUUCAGUUGCCGUCGACAAAAAUGAGAAGAGCGUAUAUUUUGGUACAGGAAAGGGUAUUUUCAAAUACAAUUACGAAAGUCAUCAUGCAACGCCCAUUACUAGCAGUACUUUGAAGCUGGAUAUGAUAUUUGUGGACAAAGACAGUAAUAAAUAUGUUACACAAAGCAACGACGGAGUAGAAGAGUUGUACCUAUUGGAUAGAGAAAUGAUGACAAAAGUUCGUUUCAGCACCCUCGAAGCACUCAACGAACUGGCUAUUGAUGACAAAAACAACUUCUAUUACAUAAAAGGUGAUAGAUUGUUCGUGUUGAAGCAAACUUUGUCAUCGCCCAUAUGUAUUGGAAACGUCACUUAUGACGGUAUGGCGCAAAUUGCUACACACGAAAGCAACAUAUUCAUCGCCAGUGACGACUUCAUGUAUUUCCACGAAAAUGAUACUGGAAAUAUAAAAUUAGUGGACGAAGCUCCAGAAAACGUAAAAGCCGUUGCUUUUGAGUCUACUGGAGACUUUGUUCUAGGAGUUCAUGGCAAACUCAUUAAAUAUAAGAAAAACAAAUGUCCCUUCAGGAACUCACAAGUUAUUGUAGGAAAUGAUGAUGAUGAUACACAGUAAUUUUUUGCAACAAUAAAGAACAGAUAUUUUAA